UCAAGAAACUGUUGGAAGGAUGUCCCGCUAAAAACCAUGAGGUCUUUCAAGAUAAUCAUAAGUUAAUUGUAGCUGUUUUCUUAUGAAGACAAUCCAGUCUGAUGUUAAUCUAAACUGAUUCAAAUCUUUAUAAAUAAUUUGUCUGACCAUCAUUGGACUCUCAGUUCAUUCAAUAACAUCGACUCAUCUGUUUCAACGUGAUUCACCGCAAAUACAAAUCUUUGAUACUGUUCACCCCGAACAACUACCUUAGCUUUAUUUGUUUCCCUGCAUCUUCGUAUUACUGUGAUUUAAACAUUUAUAAUCAAAAUGAAUUACUUUACAUUUAUAAGUUUAACUAUUAUCCUGUGCUCUGUUAAUCAAUCAAGUGGACAAAACUGUGAUCAACAGGAAAACGGAAUCGACGGAACAGUUAAACAAGUGCUAUUAAUGAAUCAUGACAUUCCACUUCCUGUUAAUGCCAGUAUCAUGAAUGAUUGGUGCAGCCCUUUCAAAACUCUCAGUCGCCGUGUAUCAAAGUUCAGUAAAUGUAUGCCUCCAUUUUUAGCUCAAGUUAUUGUCGUCUUGGGAAGUGGAAUCAAAAAGCCAGUGAAAUAUAUUUGCAAAGCAAAUAAGCAAAAGGCUAUUGAAAAUUAUGCUUGUAUGACAACCAAAUAUUUGGAAAGAUUCAACAGAAGAGAAGCAUUUUUCCUUGAUUCACUCCAAAUAAUAUCUAAAAAUGUUACUGAUGAUCAAAUCUUGCCUCACUUCUGUUGUGCUGUUAAUACACUUCUUCAUGACAUCUACAACCUUGAAAAACCUCGGUGCAAGGAUCCUUCAAUCAACACUAAUAACUUCAUUGGAGAUAUGGUCAGUUUAGCUGUUUCGGAUGUUCUCGAUUUAAUGUGCGGAAGCUUCAGAAGUCAUAAGUCAUGCCAAGAUAAGGCUCCUCAAGCUCUGAAAUUUUUGGCAGCUAAAGGAGUUGAUUCAGUUGAUUUACGAAAAUAUAACUUCGUAUCAAGCAUACUCAAAGUUGUCGGUCGAUUGUCAUAAUUUAAACUUCAUUCACUAUCACUACUACAAUCAUUUUAAUUAUCACCAUCUUCACCAUCAUUACUAUCAUUUUUAUCAUUUUUUCAUACUUUUAUGAUAUAUUAAUAGGAAUCAAUCAACUACUUACCAUUUAUCAACUACCAGUACACUGAUCUUUCCAAUGUACCUCAUACCAAUCAUUCAUACUGUUUCAUAUUUCUUAUCAAAUCAUUUGAAAUCGAAAAGCUAAUUCAGUGAUAAUGGUUUUUAAUCAGACAAAUUUUCGAACUGCUAAAUAUAUUACACUAGUAGUCAGGGUUAAGUUAAGAAAAUUGGAGAUUUUUUUCAUAGUCGCCAUCUAACAAGAAAUAAAAGUACCUUUAAGAUCGAAUUUAA